AUGAGCAGCGCUUCCUGGAGAAGUGUUUUCUUUUGUGCUCUCAUUAGCCUCACAGUCAUAAUUUUGAGCAGGCUCUCAGAUGCCACACUGGAAGGCUCCUCUAUGGGAUACCUGGGUAAGCCUUUUUCUCAGGAACCAGCGGGGUUUCCUCAAAUCAUCCGGGUGUCUGAUGUGAAGGCGUCUCAUGACGGCCAUGCUGUCACCUCUCGAAGGAAAAGGAAUAUCUUUUAUCAGGGCGGACUCAGACUGUGUGGACAAGAGACUGCUGAGGAGGUUGUUGCAAACCAUUUAGGCUAUUUUCACCUCAGAGUGUGCCAGGAAACCGUGUGGGAGGCUUUCAAGAUCUUCUGGGAUCGAUUGCCUGAGCAAGACGAGUACCAAAGCUGGAUGAACCAGUGCCAGGAAGGCACAGUCACUGUGCAGGAUAUUGGCAGCUAUUUUACCCAGUCAGAGGAGCAUCAGGCUCUGGUCAAACAGAGAAUGUCGCAUUCAGUUUUGAAAAGUGAGCCCACCCGGUCCUGGAAGCAUAUGUGCAGCACACCAACACCAGCGAGUUCAGAAACAGUUGAAGCCCCUGAGUUAGAGGAAAUAGAUAAAAGAAAGGACAUCGCAGACGUCAUUUCACCAGAGGUGGAAGAGAGUCCACUGUUCAAUGAAAUCACCAUUCAGCCCACGGCUGCCCCCGUUCUGGAGCAGGUAGUGGAGCUGAGCAUCCUCCUGACUGGAGAGGUCUUCAGCAACGAGCUCAGAGAUCCAGCCAGCCUCAAGUUCCAGACGCUCAGCAGAGAUCUUGCGGAAAAGAUAGAAGAUGCUCUAGAGGGGCUUCCCGGCUUUAAGAGUGUGUCUGUAAUCGACUUCAGACCACAGAAGGACACUCAGUGGUUGGAUGGCAUUGUGGUGGAUUAUGCAGUCACAGUAGCGGUGGACGGAGCCGGAGUGAGCCCUGAACAACUGAACUACCUGACCCUGCAGUCCAACCUGGUGGAGAACUCGUAUCGAGAGAUCGAGGAUCCCCCCACAGUGGUCUACACCAUCAGCGAGAUUAAAAACAUCUUCACCGAACCUCGUCACAUCGACGAGCUGGAGAGUGUGUCUGAGAUUCCUGAGCCUGUCAGCGCUGCACACGAAGUGACGGGCAUUGACCUAUCAGAAGUCUUGACCCUGGAUCAUCCUACUGGCGGUGGAUCACCACCACCAGUAGGACUCAACACCCUGGCACCAGAAGAGAACAUCGUUAUUCUGGAGGAGAGUGAACUAGCGUCACCUGAGGCGGCACUCGCCACCAAUCCACCUGAAGCUGGUAGCAUUAAGGAGGAAGAUCUGUUGUCAGAGGAUGUUGUGUCAGCUCCGUCUCCAAUGACCUUCCCACCUAAAGAGCUCCUACCUGAGCCUCCCUCCCAGGAGACGCCAAAGAGCUCCACAUUGCCUGAGCCGCCAAUAGAAAUGGAGGCUUCUGGGUCAGGCCGAGAUAACCUGGACAGUUUAAUUGAGCCAUCCAUUGAAGAAGACCAAAUAUCUCUUGUAGAGACUGAAGAUGUUAAAUCAGAACCUGAACAAGAAAAAGUUGAUCGUGCUUCAGUUGGAGAGGAAUCACUUGCUACAACCUUUGAAGAGGGGCACCAAGAUGAGGUUGAGAUUACAGAAAAGUCUGAGGUCUCUACAGUUUUAACUAAGACCAUAAUAGAACAAGGCCAGCCAGCUAUUUUACCCCCAGCAGAGACUCUGAAUAUACCAACUGAAGUGUCAGAGCCUGAUGCAGCCAAAGCCACGCUGCACUCUGAUGUUGAUGAACCUGUGGUUCAGGCACCAGAGGACUCUAGCAAAUUUGACAAAGUCCCUGACGAGAAUGUAGGGAUCAAUGUGAUUUUUACCUAUCCUGAGGAACCUGCAUUUGAUGAAAAAGGCUUUGACGAGACAAUUGAGAGUGAUGGAAGUGAAGUGAAAGAGGGAUCUUUGUCUGAAGCCAAGGAUAUAGAGGAAGAGGCACCUCUGACACCAGAGAUCUUAGCAGGAGAUCUUGUGGAGGAUGAGAUUUUGCUCGUCAACAGAGACCAUUCGAAGUUACCCGGGACAGACUUCCCACGCCAUCCACUGCCAACUGCCCUGUCUCCAGAGAAGGAGUCCCCUUUUACCAUCAUCUCAUCCAUUGUCCCAGAUUUUGAUGCCCUACCUGACAAAGCCAUAACUUCAAUGGUAAAGACCACUCAGGAGGACCUGGAUGCUGCCCCUGAAGAUCACGGAUAUGAUCUGAUUCCUUAUGAUUAUGGCUCGUCAAACCAGACAGAGGAAGGCAGCACUGGAUCCCCAUUCAGUGUGGCCCAAGGCACAGACCAAGUCAGCAUUGCCAUGCCUAUAAACCCGAGGCGAGCUCUGAUAGUCUUCUUCAGCCUGAGAGUGACCAACAUGGUAUUUUCUGAAGACCUCUUUAACAAGAGCUCCCCAGAGUACAAGGCUUUGGAACAGCGCUUCCUAGAACUGCUUGUGCCCUAUCUUCAGUCCAACCUGAGCCACUUUGAGAAUCUGGAGAUCUUGAACUUCAGGAAUGGGAGCAUCGUGGUCAACAGUCGGAUGAAGUUUGGGAAGCCUGUGGCCCGGGGCGUCACCACCACUGUGUAUCUAAUUCUAGAGGACUUCUGUAACACUGCGUACCAGACCAUGAAUCUAGCCAUUGAUAAAUACUCUCUGGAUGUGGAGUCGGGUGACCAAGCCGAUCCCUGCAAGUUCCAGGCGUGCAACGAGUACGCAGAAUGUAAAGUGAACAAGUGGUCAGGGGAAGCGGAGUGUGUCUGUAAUGCGGGCUACUUCAGUGUUGACGGCCUUCCGUGUCAAAGCAUCUGUGAGCUGCAGACAGACUUUUGCCUCAAUGACGGCAAGUGUGACAUCAUCCCUGGCCAGGGAGCCAUCUGCAGGUGUCGUGUUGGAGAGAACUGGUGGUACAGAGGUGAACACUGUGAGGAGUAUGUGUCUGAGCCUCUGGUGGUUGGCAUAGCCAUAGCCUCUGUUGCUGGUUUCCUGUUUGUGGCGUCCGGAGUGUUGUUCUUCCUGGCCAGGACACUUCGGGAUCAGUACGACAAGGAAGAGUCAGAGGAUCCCGUACGGCGGGUGGAAAGUCUUCCAUCAUUGGAAAGGGCAACCAAAUACAACCCUAUGUAUGAAAGUGAAGCCACAACAGGCUACAGCCACUAUUACCGUCGUUAUCCCGAAGCGCCUAUGUACAGCAGUGCCAGCGCCGAGGCAUCCACCGACUUUAGCAGCGAGGAGAUACGGCACAUCUAUGAAAACAGUGAGCUGACCAAAGAGGAAAUCCAAGACAGGAUACGCAUCAUUGAACUCUACGCUAAGGACCGGCAGUUUGCAGACUUUGUGCGGCAACAUCAAACAGUUCUGGAUACCCAGAGAGAAAGCCCUUCUAUGCACACAUAGAACUGUAAUGAACAAGAUACUAAACAUGCUUCCUGAUCAAAAAUGAAGCUUCCUGUCAAGAUGUUUCUAUGAUCGCCAUGUUCCUCGUAGUACGGACUGUGUUUAGAUUAUUUUCAACACUUUUGUAACAGAAACAGUAAGUCUACAUCUAUUGCUCUUUGCAUAGGUGGGUGUUGACCAUUCAUUCAUAAACCUCUGUGCCUUCUGACUGGGUGAGUCUCCUGUGAUGCUGCGGCCCGUUUCUGCUCAUGUUUUUGCUGCUUAACUACCAAACCUUUGGGAAAACCGGGCCGCAUCCUGUUAUUUGAACAGAAAUGCAAUGACCAAACCAACAAGUAACUAUUGUUUUGUGGGAUAACUGUUUAUUUGCAUUAUCUUCUAUCUGCCUUCUCUUAAAGGGGAAGAACAUAUAUUGUGAUAUGUUUGUUUAGUUAAACUGACAUUUGUCCAUCUGAGAUAUGUCGUUUUUUGAUCUUUGUCAUGUUCAGAUUUAUUUCUUAGCUCUAUCGAAGAGCUAUCAAAACUUAGGUAACUUUUAGUUGUUGGUGCUAUUCUAAUUUUAAAAACUCCUUGAGAUGUACAAUGUCGUCGUUGAGUCAUUUACAGUUUGAAGCCAGCACCAAUGGAUGGACUCUUUUGUAGAGCACAAGUAUAAGUCAACAUUUUGGGAAAUGCAGAAAAGGCCAAAUUAUAGUUUGUCUCUGUGUUCACUGAUGUUUGAAGCAGUCAGCGGUAAAGAUAUGUCGUGUCAUGUCUCCCACCUUACCUACAUGAGAAAAAAAAAUACUUCUCUAGAUGUUUAUUUAAUAGAACAAAGACCUUCAAUGGAAUCAUUUAAAUCAAACCACAUGCAUGUGCUUAAAUGGCCCAGUCAAAAUCCAGACAGCUUUUAGUUUUGUGGUGUUCAUAGAUGUUCUCCAUCUCUAAAUCUGCCAAAACCUCAGGGACAUUUUCCAAUUAAUCGACUCAGUGAUGCUCAAUACUUAUCCACAACAAACUUUUCAGAUUUUUGUUUGGAAAAAUUUCUCUUAAGCAUUUAGUGUCUUCAUUAUACUCCACAGUUUUUCUCCACUUUGUGUUGGAUGUCCGUCUCUAAUAUCUCCCUGAAAUACCCUGAUUUGUAAUUGUAGUGUGAAAAAGUUCAAGAGGUAUGAAUAUCUUUGCAAAGCACUUUAGUCUUGACUGAUUGCCUAUUUCUUGGAAAAUAUAAAGCAGCAAAGAGCUGCACUGUUCUGAAGAGUAAAAGCAACAGUUUACUGUCUCAAUUUUUCACCUCUCCAGUUGAUUUAUUUGCCUUUUUUUAAAUGGAUUUUCGUAGGUAAUAAUAAACUUUACCUGAGUGAAGUUGGUGCCACCCUCACCUUCUUCAAAUUAAACAAAAUUGGUAUUGAAUGUUUGUGCUGGUUUGCGCUGCUCUCAUUUUAAAAAUGCUAAUAAAUGCUCCCAGGGGUCAAUGAAGGUCAACCAGACAGUCCACAGUUACAAAAUCAAAUGAAAUCUGGUGUCAAUCAACAGUACUAAAGUUCUGUUUUGAGCAGAAACAUUUUUUUUGUUUCUUGACGUCCUCGGAAAUCAUCCUACCCUCCUCCCUACAUUAACAAAAUCAAACAAAACUGGUAUAAAUUAGUUGUGUUAUGUUUUUCUGGUUUGUGUUAGCAUCUUCUUAGCGCUGUUGUUUGACACCAAACCUGCUUGAUUUUGUAAAUGUGGUUGACAUCUGAUCGUCUCUGGAAACAUUUAUUAGAAUCUUUAAAAUGAUAGCAACACAAACUACCAUUUUUACUGCACAAACCUUUGGCACCAAUUUUGUUUGAUUUGAAGAAGGUGUGGGGGGGCAGCUUCACUCAGGUAUAAGCAUUUGGGUCUCCAAUGCCUAACAAGGCAGAUAAAAUGUAUUUAGAUGGAAGUCAUGAAGGCAUUCAGCCCCGGGAUUUGAAUCCUGCUUUCAGUUUCACAUUGAGACGAUUGAGAGUCCCGGAAAAGCAGAAAGCAAAGCAUGACAAACAACAGAUGCUCUCAGUAAAAAUAUACAUAGAAACGUCUGUACUGCUGUCUGUCUUUUCAAUCUGAAACUUUCUAGAUGACUAAUUCCAGUGUUUCCUAUGGUAUCCAUACACUUUCCUCUGGAUUUGUUAUCCUUGACCCCACUCGUUCAUGGUGUGGCCCUUCACAUCUGCACCUGGUUAUGUUCUGCUUGUGUACGCUGUCAGAAAGCAUGAGCGUCGGUUCUCUCUGGAGGUCACAGCUCCACACAUAGAUCAUGCUUCAGAUUUUUGUCAGGAAUAAAUUGUUCUGUUAGUCAUCUACCCGAGUGAAAAAAAAAAAAAAAAUACAUUUUUGGAGCAGACCCCUGUGUCACUGUCAUGCCUUUUGCAAUCUGUCAGUUCAGUUUUAUUGUCUUGUUUUUGUGCAUGUAUCGAGUUAUUAUCACUAUCCUUCAGCAUCUGCCACCUUGUUAAACGGCCAGAAAUCAAACACAGUGCUCAUUCAUGUAAAUAACUCUGUCACUGCAACAUAGGGUAUUAAUCUUGUAAGUCUCCUGUGUCUCUUUGUUUUAUAUUGAUGACUGUAACCAGUGCUAUCAUCUUGUGCAGCUGUAACAGGUUAAAAAAAAAUAAUUAAACGCUUUAU